AUGGCAAAUUCACUUGCUGUACGUGUAGCACCGGUCGUUGCUGACGUGGUUGGGUGGACGAGUCUUGGUUGCAUUCUCGACAAUGUUGCUCCAAAUCGACUUCUUCCAACGAGCAGUUUCACAUCGAAUGCCUUAACGCCAGGCGAAUGUGGAUCAUUUUGCGCUGGAUAUAAGUACUUUGGCUUGGAGCAUAGCUGGCCUUCUUAUUGUGGUGGCCAGCUUGCCUAUCCUAUGGAAUGCACUUCCCCCUGUAGCGGCGGUUCCUCGUAUCAAUGCGGAAACGCUCUUGUGCUCAACCUCUACGCCUUCACUGGAAGUCCGAUUCCUCUCGUCGGAAGAGCAGAACUUCCGUCUUCCUCAUCAGCUAACUCGGUAGCCUUGACGUCCAAUACAGGCUCUGCCACUCCUACAUCGAGCACUGGAACACCAAUGGUAACCACCUCCACUCCCUACCCGGGAACAUCUUCCGCUUCCGCCUCUUCCAACGACCACAGCACUUCAACAAUCUACGAAACUCAGUUUCUCACAAUCACAAGCUGUGCUCCUACGAUUACUCAUUGUCCAGCGCGUAACACAAGCAUGUCAAUGGUUUCUAGACCCGUUGCUAUCGUGAUAUACUCAACAGAAUGGAUUACCAUCAGCAGCUGUGCACCCCUGGUCACCAACUGUCCUUAUAGUGUUUCCACUAGAAUGGUUCCAGUUACUACAGUCACUUUGCAUGGGAAUCCACCUUCUCCUACUCCGAAGGGAAGCACCAUGAUGCCAACGGCUAUACCUACACCUGGCAACGGAGGUGUAGUACCUAGCAAUGGAACGACUCCAGGUAAUAUUCCCAUAAUAAUUGUCUCGGGAGCUACAGGGAAUGGCUUGAUUUGGAGCUCGUUUGUUGCCGUGGGUUUUGUGUUCGUUGGGAUGUUUUGGGCUUGA